GGGUUCUUUCCUUGUCUGUACGUGCUUGCACGUUCUUUCUUUCAGUAGGUAAGGUCUGGACCCCGGAGGGAAGGGCCAGAUGUCCACUGGGGCAGACGCCAUGGCCGCUGGGGGCGAUCGUUCCGGAGACGCCGACGGGCACGUGACGUCAGCCUCGAGCAAAGGCUUUUGUUCGGUCCGACACGGGCUCGCCCUCAUCAUACAAUUUUGUAAUUUCACCAUGUAUGUCCAAAACGUGAACUUGAGCAUCACCAUGCCCGCGAUGGUGAACGGCUCUGUCCCGCCCUGCCUGGCCAACGCGUCUGAUGCCCGAGACGCCUGCAACGGAACCCUCCCAGGGCCUCGGGCGGCGGAGCCCGUGUACAACUGGGACCCGGACAUCCAGGGGGUCAUCCUCAGCGCGCUCAACUACGGCUCGUUCUUGACUUCGCUCCCCGGUGGCUACCUGGCUGGACUCGUUGCAGCCAAGUACUCGAUCGGCACUGCCCUGUGCGUCUCCUCCGUCCUGAGCCUCCUCACCCCAUGCGCAGCCGACGCCGGAGUGGCCUUGCUCAUCGUCCUCCGGAUUGUCCAAGGCAUGGCCCAGAUCAUUGUUGUGACAAGUCAGUACGAGGUCUGGCUGAAAUGGGCUCCCCCGCUGGAAAGGAACCAGCUCAUCAUCUUCAGUAUCUCAGGCACACCGCUGGGGGCCUUCUCUGUCCUCCUUGCCGGCGGGUUCCUCUGUGAGACCCUCGGGUGGCCUUCCGUCUUCUACAUCUCGGGUGGGAUCGGCUGCGCCUGCGUGUGUCUCUGGUUCCCUCUGGUGUACGACGACCCUGAGCACCACCCGUUCAUCAGUGCCCGAGAGAGGGACUACAUCGUGCACUCGCUGGCUCAGCAGGAAUGUGUGCCAUAUCGGUCUCUUCCCAUUAAGGCGAUGAUGAAAUCCCUUCCUCUCUGGAGCAUUCUGGUGUGUCACUUCACCAUGUGGUGGUAUUUCAGUAUGAUGGGGGUGUACUUACCGACCUACCUCCACUCUGUGCUUGCCGUCGACCUCAAGGACAGCGGGUUCCUGUCGGCCCUGGUGAUGGCUGCCAUCUUCGUCUGCUCCAACCUCGGCGGCGUGCUGGCCGACGCGCUGCUCUCCAGAAAGGUCCUCCGCAUCCUCGUCAUCAGGAGGCUGUUCACGGCCGUCGGGGUCCUCGCCUCAAGCCUGUUCACCGUGCUCUUGUCCUGGGCCAGCGGCAGCCGCGGCGUCACCAUCGCCUUCCUGAUGCUGAGUUUAGUCCCCUGCAGCUUCUGCCACGCAGGAGCCUUUGUCAACUUCAUGGACAUUGCCCCUCGGUACUCUGGCUUUCUCAAGGGGUUGUCACAGAUCUUUACUAAUCUGUCAGCAGUCAUCGCUCCCACCGUUUGUGGAUUUUUCAUCAGCCAGGAUGCAGAAUCUGGCUGGAGAAAUACCUUCUUGCUCUCGGCAGCCAUCAACCUCCUCGGGCUGGUCAUCUUCCUCAUCUUCAGCCGAGCAGACGUGCAGGAGUGGGCAAAAGACCAGAUGGUCACCCGCCUGUGAGCGGGUGGGAGACCCCUGAGGUCGUGGGGCUGGCGGACUCUCCCUAGUGAGCAAAGUUUGUAAUCUGAAAAGCACAAAAUACUGUUAAAUUAAAGAAGAUUUAAGUGAAUGGAAAAGCAUCUCGUGUGCAGGGACUGGGAGGUUUGACACUCGUCAAACGGCAGGAACCCUGAAAAUGGCCCACAGAGUCACCCCGUCUCGGCCAGCAUCGCGGCCGAAUUGCUGUUAAGUCAUAGGUAAAGAAGACAGAUUGUUUUAAUAUUUGGAAAACAGAAAGAACCAGCGAUGUUUCAAAGAACAAAGGCAUGAUAUUAUAGUCAUCUUCCUCAGUUGACUCAAUCCUGUGGAAUUAAUUCUCGUUGAUCUUGAGCUCUUGUGAGGUUGAGGGUGUGUCCAUUUUUCCAUGAGGCUUCUGUGAAUUCUCACCCAGGUCAGCGGUGUGAGGAGGAAGUUACCAGAAACUCGUAUUCUAGAAUACUCGUUAGAUUCAUUUCCAUGAAUUUAUCUGGAGAUAAAUUACUUUUGCAGGAACAUUAAACACAACACUUGAACCGAAUAAAUGACAAAAGUUAAAAACGGUCAUGAUUGAGAUCUGAUGACAAUUUAUUACCAUUGACAAGGAAAUUUGCAUAUUUCUGUGAUGCAUAACAUUUUGAGGCAGUUGGCAUUAUAACUGAUAACAUUAUAUCAGGACAUAUCAGAAUUUUAAGAAUGUUACACAAUUUCUAAACACAUAAUAUGUACCCAUACAGACACAAUAUAAAGAAAGCUUAGAAUUACUCAUUUUUUUCCAAGGCUUCCCAUAUAAUGUAACCUACAUAAGCCUAAUUAGUGUAACAUUUAUCUUAUGUGGAGCAAGAGCAACUCCUCGGAGAUAUUUCAGAGGCUG